AGCCACCUUAUAACCAAACAGCUAUAAACAUAAGAAGUUACAUCUAAUUUUAUAUUCAGAAAUAUUUCAAAGUCAUUAACAACAAUAACAAUAAUUAAAGCUCAAUACUAGCCUCUAUAAUAUUUUUUUUCCUUUAAAAGUGGUCUAUAUAUUACUUAAAUUUGAUUAACACUAUUUUUAUUGUUCUAGAAAUGAGAUGACCAGCUCUUUCAGAAUAUACAGCAACUGCCUCCACAUGAAAGUACCAGGUUUAGGAGAUUUACGGUAAAGCCAUGUUUCCUAGGAGGUCAGUACAAAAAGCCAGACUUCUACCGGCAGUUUCUGGGAGAGAUAAGCUUUCCAUCCAUUUCAGUGGUUUAUUUUUUUCUCUGGGAGAUGUUUAUAACAGAAAAGGCUCAAGUGGGAUAUUUAUCACCUUCUCCUGUUCCUCUGGUGUUUGGUGGAGUUGACCACAGGCAAGGAUAAAAUGAGCUGGUCGUCUCACGAUGAUGGAAAACCUGGAAUCAAGGCUCAAGAAUGCCCCCUAUUUUUGCUGUGAGAAGGGAAACGAUUCUGUCCCCGUGUGCCAGAAGUGUGAAACAUGUGUCUUGGCUUGGAAGAUCUUCUCUACCAAAGAGUGGUUCAAAAGGAUUGGCGAGAUAUCGCAGAGGAGGUUUCUAGUUAGCAUCCUGGAGCAGUUAGAUAGCUUAUAUUUGUUACACUAUUUUCAAAAUAUCCUUCAGACCACACAGGGGAAGGAUUUCAUCUACAACAGGUCCCGGAUCAACCUCAGCAAGAAGGAGGGGAAAAUCGUGAAUUCCUCCUUGAACCAGAUGUUAGAUAAAACAUUAGAACAGAAGAUGAGGGAGAUAUUGUACUGGUUUGGGAACAGCACCCACCGGACUAAGGCAAAUUAUACACUCUUGCUGCUGCAAAUGUGUGACCCCAAGUUAUUGCUCACUGCUGCUGAUGUCAUCAGAGUCCUGUUUCAGAGAGAGUGGAAGAACAUUUCAGGGCUCGAACAAGACUCUAAUCAUAUGUUUUUCUUCCCUGAGAAAGAUUAUGACCCCAAGUCUGAGACCUCACAUGUCUACUGGGCAGCCAGAACCAGGAACACAUCCUUCCCUUUGUCCAAAAAUUCAGGAAAAGAAAACUUGCUUGAAAAUGUGGGGGGAGCAUCUAAUACUGAGUCCCAAGGGAAGAGUUCAUUCCAGUGUAUUUGUGAGAUGAAUAGGCUAUUUUCUGGAAAAGCAGACAUGCCCAAGGCAAGAUACACUUCUGCUCUGUUGGAUGACCUGGAUGCUGUCAGAGACCUGUCUUCUGGAGUCAGAAAAUAUCGGGACUUCAUCCGUUACCUGCCCAUCCACCUCUCCCAAUAUAUUCUAAGUAUGGUGGGGUGUAUUGGGGGAUUUCUCAAGAGAUCUCCCCAUUGCAUUCCAGUUUGAAGGUUCCCAGGUCUAUCUUUUUUUUUUUCAGGUAUGCUGGAUAAAAAUACCCUGCACAAGUGUGCCUCUGUGAGCCAGCACUGGGCCACAUUGGUACAACAAGUCAAGAUGGACCUGUCGAUGCAUACAUUUAUUCAGAACCAGAUUGCCUUAUUGCAGGGAUCCUACACAAGGGGAAUAGAUCCUAAUUACGCCAACAAGCUUUUUAUCCCAGUUCCUAAAAUGACAGAUGAUGGAAAGCGUGUGCGUGUGAAAAAUCAGAAAUGGAAACUGAGAAUGAAGAAUGACUACAACCUGUGGACUGCAUACCAGAACCAGGAAACCCAGCAGGUCCAGAUGGAGGAGAGAAAUGUCUUCUGUGGGACUUACAACAUCCGCAUUCUCUCUGACAUGUGGGACAGAAAUAGAAUCAUCCACUAUUCUGGGGGAGAUUUGGUAGCUGUGUCAUCUAAUCGGAAGAUUCAGCUUCUGGACAUCUUACAAGUAAAGGAGAUACCCAUUGAGUUCCGAGGCCAUGCUGGGAGUGUCCGCGCCCUCUUCUUGUGUGAGGAUGAAAACUUUCUGCUGAGUGGGAGUUAUGACCUGAGUAUCAGAUAUUGGGAUCUGAAAAGCGGGGCUUGCAUACGAAUCUUCAACGGCCACCAGGGAACAAUCACUUGCAUGGAUUUAUAUAAGAACAAGCUGGUAUCUGGAUCAAGAGAUUGCCAGGUGAAAGAGUGGGAUAUAGAGACAGGGAAGUGCCUGAAGACGUUUAAACACAAAGACCCCAUCUUGGCCACCAGGAUCAGUGAUACCUACAUUGUGAGCAGCUGUGAGCGAGGGAUAAUCAAAGUGUGGCACGUUGUCACAGCCCAGCUUGUAAAGACUCUCAACGGUCACGAGGGAGCUGUGAAAUGUCUGUGUUUUGACCAGUGGCAUCUCCUCUCCGGAAGUACCGAUGGCCUGGUCAUGGCCUGGAGCAUGGUGGGAAAGUAUGAGCGAUGCCUCAUGGCUUUCAAGCAUCCAAAGGAGGUACUUCACGUAGCCCUUCUCUUCCUACGGGUCAUCAGUGCCUGUGCAGAUGGGAAGAUCCGCAUUUACAAUUUCCUAAAUGGGAACUGUCUGAAGGUGAUGAAAGCCAAUGGCAGAGGUGAUCCUGUGCUGUCCUUCUUUAUUCAGGGCAACAGGAUGUUGGUCAACACGGAGAGCAAUAUUCUCAUGUUCCAGUUUGAGAAUAUAAAGUGGCGGUACUCCCCGGAACAGGCCAAACAAAAGAAGAGUAAGGAUAAAGAGGAAGACAGGGAAGAAAACAGCCUCACAGAAGACCUCUCCAAGGCUAGCACUCAGGUUUACAACCUGGGGGACUCCAUGUCUAGUAAACAAGUGGUGACCCAGGAGUCCCUGUUAAGUAAAUCUCACAAGUCCCGCCUUCUCCUGAGGGCAGCCAGGUUACAAACAGAUGAUGUGGCAAAAGUACCAAAACAAGGACAGCUGGAAACUCCUGGAGACUUGACCAGUCACUCAAAGAAAAAGUCCUGGCAAAUACCUAUGUCACCAGACCGGUUCCUCCUGACCAUUAAUGCCCUGCAGCAAGCCCAUAAUUCAGGGCAGUUUGCCUAUCCCGGCAGGCCCCAGACCCAAGUCAUUGAUGCCUGGGGACCUUCAAUUUCACAUCCAAGGAAGGUCCUGAGUUUCAAAGGAAAAUCAAUCCAACAUGCAGUUGAUCAGUUGAGACUCAGCAACCCUCCCAUAGAUGUGAAACAAAUCAAUAUUCCCCUUGAAAUCCAGAAACUGCAGCCCAACUUGAAAAAGUCUUUGCAAAGUCCCCGAGUGCAGUCCACCAUACCCCAGCCUAUGCUUAUCCGCUCCAGGUUCUCUGGCAGCUUAAAGGGUGAAGAUCGAGCAUCCAGUUCAAUUGAUGAAACAGCGGGCAGCUUCAGACCCUUAACCAGCAUGCAGGUUAUUAAACCCAAGCGCAUGCUGGUUCCGCCGGUGGUCAUGACAACCCAAUCUGUCAAGAAAGAACGACCUCACUUCCACACAGCUCUUGAUCCUUUUAGAGUGAACACUGAGUUCAUGUUGUUGACUGUGAAGGAGGAGAAAGAGUAUGGGGAAGCCAAGAUGAAAGAAUAUCAGGCUAGAAAGCCCACUGGAGUGGUCGAUUCAGAAAAAGCCAGCAAAGCUGCAUGGAUCAGGAAGAUCAAAGGCCUGCCUAUAGAUAAUUUCAUGAAGCAAGGAAAAAUAGCAGCCCCUGAACUUGGUCCAAACAUAUUUAUCUGAACCAGCCUUGGGAAAUUACAACGUCUUACAAUAAACAGAAAACCAAGUA